CCGCCGCUGCGGAAGCAAAGCUACCUAGAGACGCCGCGCCGCUUGGGUGCUGGUGCGCGUGCGCGGGCGCGGGCGGAGCGGCGCCGGAGUCGUCUUCUUUACCGCCGCUGCCGCCGCCGCCACGGCCGUCUCUCCUGGAUUUGAGUCUCGCGCUUUCUUCGUUCGCUCGCCGGCGGGUUCGCUCCCCUCUCGAGCCCCCGGGCAGCGAGGCUUGGGAAGGGGUUGGAGGGGGCUGCUGAUAGCCGCCUUUAAGUUGUGCUCGGGGCGGCCAUGUCGGCCGGCGAGGUUGAGCGCCUAGUGUCGGAGCUGAGCGGCGGGACCGGAGGGGAUGAGGAGGAAGAGUGGCUCUAUGGCGGCCCAUGGGACGUGCAUGUGCACAGUGAUUUGGCAAAGGACCUAGAUGAAAAUGAAGUUGAAAGGCCAGAAGAAGAAAAUGCCAGUGCUAAUCCUCCAUCUGGAAUUGAAGAUGAAACUGCUGAAAAUGGUGUACCUAAACCGAAAGUGACUGAGACUGAAGACGACAGUGACAGCGACAGUGAUGAUGAUGAGGAUGAUGUUCAUGUCACUAUAGGAGACAUUAAAACGGGUGCACCACAGUAUGGGAGUUACGGCACAGCACCUGUAAAUCUUAACAUCAAGACAGGAGGAAGAGUUUAUGGGACUACAGGAACGAAAGUCAAAGGAGUGGAUCUUGACGCACCUGGAAGCAUUAAUGGAGUUCCACUCUUGGAGGUUGAUUUGGAUUCUUUUGAAGAUAAACCAUGGCGAAAACCUGGUGCUGAUCUUUCUGAUUAUUUUAAUUAUGGGUUUAAUGAAGAUACCUGGAAAGCUUACUGUGAAAAACAAAAGAGGAUACGAAUGGGACUUGAAGUUAUACCAGUUACCUCUACUACUAAUAAAAUUACGGCCGAAGACUGUACUAUGGAAGUUACACCAGGUGCAGAGAUCCAAGAUGGCAGAUUCAAUCUUUUUAAGGUACAGCAGGGAAGAACUGGAAAUUCAGAGAAGGAAGCAGCACUUCCAUCUACAAAAGCUGAGUUUACUUCUCCUCCUUCCUUGUUCAAGACUGGCCUCCCACCAAGCAGAAACAGCACAUCUUCUCAGUCUCAGACAAGUACUGCCUCCAGAAAAGCCAAUUCAAGCGUUGGGAAGUGGCAGGAUCGAUAUGGGAGGGCCGAAUCACCUGAUCUAAGGAGAUUACCUGGGGCAAUUGAUGUUAUUGGUCAGACUAUAACUAUCAGCCGAGUAGAAGGAAGGCGACGGGCAAAUGAAAACAGCAACAUACAGGUCCUUUCUGAAAGAUCUGCUACUGAAGUAGACAACAAUUUUAGCAAACCACCUCCAUUUUUCCCUCCAGGAGCUCCUCCCACCCACCUUCCACCUCCUCCAUUUCUUCCACCUCCUCCCACUGUCAGCACUGCUCCACCUCUGAUUCCACCUCCAGGUAUUCCAAUAACUGUACCACCUCCAGGUUUUCCUCCUCCACCAGGUGCUCCACCUCCAUCUCUUAUACCAACAAUAGAAAGUGGACAUUCCUCUGGUUAUGAUAGUCGUUCUGCACGUGCUUUUCCAUAUGGCAAUGUUGCCUUUCCCCAUCUUCCUGGAUCUGCUCCUUCAUGGCCAAGUCUUGUGGACACCAGCAAGCAGUGGGACUAUUAUGCAAGAAGAGAGAAAGACCGAGAUAGAGACAGAGACCGAGACCGAGAACGAGAUCGUGAUCGGGACAGAGAGAGAGAACGCACUAGAGAGAGAGAGAGGGAGCGUGAUCACAGUCCCACGCCGAGUGUUUUCAACAGUGAUGAAGAACGAUACAGAUACAGGGAGUAUGCAGAAAGAGGCUAUGAGCGCCACAGAGCAAGCCGGGAGAAAGAAGAACGACACAGAGAAAGACGACACAGAGAGAAAGAGGAGACCAGACACAAGUCCUCUCGAAGUAAUAGUAGACGUCGCCAUGAAAGUGAAGAAGGAGACAGUCAUAGAAGACACAAGCACAAAAAAUCUAAAAGAAGCAAAGAAGGAAAAGAAGCUGGUAGUGAGCCUGCCCCUGAACAGGAAAGCACCGAAGCUACACCUGCAGAGUAAGGCAGGUCAUGGCCUCUUGUGUAUAGUAGUGCCAGAAAUAGAUACUCUAAAUCUUGUUAUUUUUCUGGAUAAUGUUUAAGAAAUUUGCCUUUACUCUUGUUCUGUUAGUAUGAAAAGUUAACUUUUUUCUUCCAAAAUAAAAGAGUGAAUUUUUCAUGUUAAGUUAAAAAUCUUUGUCUUGUAAUAUUUAAAAAACGAAAAGUAACGACUUUUGUAUUGAAGAAAGUAAUGUGAAUGGGGCGCUCAGCAGGAAAUUGAAAGCCCUGGGUUUAGCUGUGUACAUACACACACACAGUCUCUGAGAAGGGUCAAGGUUCCCUCCUGGCCAGUUUUCUUGAGUUUAUCCAACACCAGUCUCUUAAGAGGUUGCACUGCAAAAAUGCAUCAAAAGGCACCUCUCAGUCUUAAGAUUAAAACUAGUCCCUCAUCAUCGCUGCUAUGGCGCUGCUGCCGAGCAUAUUUGAAGAACUCAUAUACAGUUUUGAUAUCACAGCUUUUUGAUAGGUUCUUAAACUGUUCUAAAUUUGGGUUCAUGGUGAAACUAAAAGGAGAACUUUUAUAUCCAAAGUAAGAGAAUCUAAUAGUAUUUGGGUGGCCUCUGAACUAACUUGCCCCAAGUGUAGUUUCUGGCAGGCACCCGGACACAAAUUUGAAUUGCCUCAAGGCCAUCUUUUGUGAGCAAGGGUCAAGCUGGUUUGGCCUUUCUUGACGCUUUUUCCAGGGCUCAUUAGUUCAGUGUCAUGUAGAGUUUUAUAUAGUUACUAGCUAUAUUGUGAAUUAAAACAAAUGACAAGAGCUUUAGAUAAGUCAUUUCCUAGUAAAUCUAAGAAAAUAUAGUUUAUAUAAUUCUGUGAACAUUUUUAGGGAUAACCCAUUGGAGGUAUUUGUCAGUGAUGGUAACAACAUGGUUUUGAAAGAAUGAAUACUAGGAACUUUAAGUAGUGAUAACAGAAAUGACCUUAGUAUCACAUACUAAAGACAGCUAUAUAAUUUUUGAAAAAUAUUUAUUUCUCAUUUCAUGAACAUUUUCCAGCAAUGCACUUUAAAAAUCCUCUGUCCAGAAAUUGUUUUUAAAAUGUCCAGAUUGUACCUUUUGCAGAGACCUUAGCAUAUACCAGAUUGUUAAUUUAACUGGGGGGAUUUGAAUUCAGUGGGGUCAUACAGACCACAUCAGCUGUUUGAGAGCUUUUUAUUGAAUAGAAAAAUAUAAACUUAAAAGUUGUAGAGUAAUGAGAAAUUCUCUACAGUGAAUAGAAAUUAUUAGUAAUGUUUUGUCUUGAGAAUUAAUAUUUUCUCAAGAUGUAACUGGCUUUCAUUAGAUCAUACUUUUCCUGACAUUAAAAUUCACAUUUUUACAAUAUAGCCUUCAAAUACAAAAAUUGACAAGAUAAAUACAGUGUUUCAACUUAGCUUAUUUGUGAUUUCCUGUUUUUCUGUGAUCCAUCAUUGAUUCUAUAAAAAAGUGCCAGGCCAAGAAACAAUAGUGAGAGUAAUUUUUCCUUUAAGUUCUUUCAGCAUCCUUGCCAAGCAAGCAUGUAUCAUUCCUGAUGUACUUCUACCAUUUACAGCAAGAAGAAUAUCCCCACAUCUAAAAAAAAUAAAACAAGGUGUAUGAUUAACAUUUUGAGCCAUAGCAAAAAUAAUGCAGGGGUUUUUUUGGUGGUGCUAAAAGUUUUUGCUACCUGUAUUUUAAUUUUGUUACUUCUAAUUAAGCUCCCUCCCCAACACACACACAGAUUUGUCAAAUUCUAUCUGUUCAGCUUGUUUUAGAAAAAAUGCUAAAAGAAUAGAAAGUUGCUCUAUGGGACCAAGAGUAACUAGUCAUUUUAGAGUUCUUAGAAAUUGAAUGACACCAUAAAUGUUUUUAAUUUCUUACCAAAAAAAGAAGAUAUAAUAAAUACCUGCCUUAUUUCAAGUGGUACCAAGGUUUUGCACAUAUAAAACACAAUCUUAGAAUAUAAGUUUUUUUUAAGUAGUCAUUAUUAUUACCUAAUUCUUCCAUCAUUGUAUGCUGGUGUUCCUUCCACAAUGGAUUUGAUGAAGAAAGGUUUGUUCCCAUUGUAUUCUUCGUAACCUCCUACAAUGCAGAAGCCCAGACUUCCAGCUGUGUUUCUUCGUAAUACAACAUCUUUACAGUUAUACAGGUACCUGAAAUAGAACGUCGUAAUCAAUGUAAAUGCAGUUAAUUUAAACUUAGUAACUACUGUGAUUCAUCUCCCAUUCCCUUUAUUGGCAUAGUUUUUUAAGGCUUAAUAGCACUGGAUAGGUCUCACUCAAAAUUGUGUCAUACCCUAGUCACCUUUGUGCCAUUAGCUGGCUUUUUCUAAUUGAACUUCUUUUUUCCUUAGCUAAACACCCUUUGAAAAGGGCAGUGGGUUCCUACUGUACAGCACAGGGAACUGUGUGCGAUUGGGUUACUUUGCUGUACAAUAGAAAUUGAAGUAACAUUGUAAAUCAACUGUAAUAAAAAAAAUUUUUUUUAAACUAUCUGAAAAAAAAAUGAUAGCACCUGUUCUAUUUAUAUGUCUUUGGGAAAGAAUCAUUUUUGGCUUAAAGAAGAUUUAAUCUCAAUUUAUGUUAAAAAGUUGGAUAUGCCUAAAUCUUUACUGAUAAACACAUUCAAGCAUACUACAGAUGUCAUUUUUAUUUACUUAUGGAUGUAAAUAAUUUUCAAUGAAGACAAAAAUGAUUUGAAUUUAAUCUCAAAAUUUAAACAUAACCCUAAUUAGUGCAUUGGCUGAAGUUUUAGACUUAUGAAAAAUAUCAGUUUAUAGGUAGUUCUGUGUGUUUGAUAGCAUGUGGGCAGGCAUAGUGAAUGGAGAUUGAGGUAUAUUUAAAUAUUACAAGGGUGAUUCAUAUUGAAGGUGAAAAAACUGGCAGUAAACUGAAUAGCAAGUUACAACAGGAAUGGGAGAAAGACCACAGGUCUUCUAUAAAUAGGUAGAACCUGCUAAAAUAGAAAAUUAGAUUGAAAAAGCUGUUCCUUUUACUAUUCAGUGACAGUUGGGUCAGUGUUAACAUAGGUGCAGGCUAAGUAUAAAACUGUCUUUCAGUUAUGACAGAGGUGUUUCAGGAGCUGAAUUGGACUCGAAAAUCCCCCAGUCCAGGAACUGAUGUGGAAGAAAAUCAGCAUUUUCAUGUUGGUAAAAAUUAAGAUAACGAUUGUUUUGUUUAUAAACUGUACCUUAAAAUAUUAACUGCUUUUUGAGAAACCAAUAAAAAGUUUCUUGUGAAA